AUGGACCAGAACAAAGUGAACAGUAUGGACCAGGACACGGUAAACAGUAUGGACCAGGACAGGGUGAACAGUAUGGACCAGGAUAGCAUGAACAGUAUAUUCCAGCACAGGGUGAUCAGUAUGGAUCACGACAGGUUGAACAGUAUGGACCAGGAUAAGGUGAACAGUAUGGACCAGGACAGGGUGAACAGUAUACGCCAGGACAGGGUGAAAAGUUUUGCCCAGGACAGGGUGAACAAUAUGGAUCAGGCCAGGGUGAAUAUUAUGGACGAGGACGGGGUGAACAGUUUACAUAAGUACAGGGUGAACAGUAUGGACCAGGAAAGGGUGAACAGUAUGGACCAGGACAGGGUGAACAGUGUGGACCAGGUCAGAGUGAACAGUAUGGACCAGGACAUGGUGAACAGUAUGAACCAGGACAGGGUGAACACUAUGGACCAGGAAAGGGUGAACAGUUUGGACAAGGACAGGGUGACCAGUAUGGACCAGGAGAAGGUGAACAGUAUGGACCAAGACAGGGUGAACAGUAUGGAGCAGGACAGGGUGAACAGUGUGGACCAGGACAGAGUGAACAGUAUGGACCAGGACAGGGUGAACAGUAUAUUCCAGGACAGGGUGAUCAGUAUGGAUCACUACAGGUUGAACAGUAUGGAGCAGGAUAAGGUGAACAGUAUGGAUCAGGACAGGGUGAACAGUAUACGCCAGGACAGGGUGAAAAGUUUGGACCAGGACAGGGUGAACAGUAUGGAUCAGGACAGGGUGAACAGUAUGGACGAGGACAGGGUGAACAGUUUACAUAAGGACAGGAUGAACAGUAUGGACCAGGAGAGGUUGAACAAUAUGAAACAGGACAGGGUAAACAGUAUACACCAGGACAGAGUGAACAGUAUUAACCAGGACAGGAUAAACAGUAUGGACCACGACAGGGUGAACAGUAUGGACCAGGACAGGGUGAACAGUAUUGACCAGGAUAGGGUGAACAGUAUGAUCCAGGACAGGGUGAACAGUAUGGAUCAGGACAGGGUGAACAGUAUGGACCAAGACAGGUUGAACAGUAUGGAGGAGGACAGGGUGAACAGUAUAUACCAGGAAAGGGUGAACAGUAAAGACAAGGACAGGGUGAACAGUAUGGACCAGGACAGGGUAAACAGUACACACCAGGACAGGGUGAACAGUAUGGACCGGGAGAAUGUGAACACUAUUGACCAGGACAGGGUGAACAGUAUGGACCAGGACAGGGUGAGCAGUAUGGACCAGGACAGGGUGAACAGUGUGGACCACGACAGAGUGAACAGUAUGGACCAGGACAGGGUGAACAGUAUGAACCAGGGCAGGGUGAACAGUAUGAACCAGGACAGGGUGAACAGUAUUGACCAGGACAGGGUGAACAGUAUCGAACAGGACAGGGUGAACAGUAUGGAUCAGGACAAUGUGAACAUUAUGGACCAAGACAGGGUGAACAGUGUGGAGCUGGACAGGGUGAACAGUAUGGAACAGGGCAGGGGUGAACAGUAUGAACCAGUACAGGGUGAACAGAAUGGACCAGGACAUUGUGAAGAGUGUGGUCCAGGACAGGGUGAACAAUAUGGACCAGGACACAGUGAACAAUAUGGACCAGGACAGGGUGAACAGUAUGGAAUAGGACAGGGUGAACAAUAUGGACCAGGGCAGGGUGGACAGUAUGUAAAAGUACAGGGUGAACAGUAUGGACCAGGAAAGGGUGAACAGUAUACACCAGGACAGGGUGAACAGUAUACACCAGGACAGGGUGAACAGUAUAGACCAGGAAAUUGUGAAGAGUAUGGUCCAGGACAGGGUGAACAGUAUGGACCAGGACAGCGUCAACAUUAUGGAACAGGACAGGGUGAACAGUAUGGACCAGGACAGGGUGAACAAUAUGGACCAGGACAGGGUGAACAGUAUGGACCAGAACAGGGUGAACAGUAUGGACCAGGACAGGGUGGACAGUAUGUAAAAGGACAGGGUGAACUGUAUGGGCCAGGACAGGGUGAACGGUAUGGAUCAGGACUGGGGGAACAGUAUGGACCAGGACAGGGUGAACAGUACGACUAA